CUCUCACUCGGCGCUCGAGCUAACUUAAGAUUGUAACACUAACGCCACAGCUACACCAUAGGUUAUCCAGAAAUUCAGGUUUACUGCAACUUCAAAUUGCGAAUGCACAUAGCACCGUGCAAACGCCUACCUCUCCUGAAAAUUGGCGUUCCACGUCCAGCGCAUAUACAUUUUCUCUUAGUAGACAGAUGGCUUGUAUAAACUAAGCACAGUGGCAAUGGCGUCUAAACUGUUACAAUACAAAUUUAUGGCGUUCUCAAAAGAUAUGUGAAAGUCGCGAGAACCUAUAAACUGAUUUGAACUUGAAUGAAUAUAAUCCCAGCGCAAAAAUGUCGAAAAGGGCAAAUGACAGCGGGGACACAAGCUGCCAACCUCCUAUUAAGAAGGUGCAGUUUGAGCCAAUAUAUAUUGGUCCCAUUUCUACUUUGGAGGAAAUGGAUAUGAAAGUUUUGCAGUUUCAAAAUAAAAAACUUGCUCAGAGAUUAGAUCAAAGACAUCGACUUGAAGCAGAAUUAAGACAGCGAAUUGAACAGUUAGAAAAACGUCAAACUCAAGACGAUGCUGUUCUGAAUGUAGUUAACAGAUAUUGGAAUCAGUUGAAUGAAGAUAUAAGAGUUUUACUUCAGAGAUUUGAUGCAGAAACAGCAGAUGAAUCGGAAAAUAAAAAUGAGAGUGAAGCGACAACAUCUUUUCUUAUGCAACUAUCAUCUUGGGAUAAAGAAGAAUUAGACGAUAAACUUGCUCAUAGAGUUCAAGUUUCCAAGCGAGCUGUAUCCAAAGUUGUUCAAGCUUUUGAUAGGCUUUCCCAAAGAAAUGAAAAAAUUACAUUAGCUCUCAAAGGGGAAAUUGAUGGAGAAGAAGCACCUAACAUUGAUGAAGUUGUAAGAAAAGCAAACAAUGAAAUUCAAACAGAAAAUCGAAAUUUACAAGCUAUCAAUAUUCAACUACAUGAAAAAUACCACACUAUUUCACUUAAAAUGUCAGAAUUACAAGAUACUAUAACAGCUAAAGAUACAUUGGCAGCUGAACUUCAUAAUCAAGUAGAUGAUUUACAGUAUGAACUAAAUAAAGUGCAAGCAAGAAAUGACAAACUAGAGCAUCAUCUAGGUGAAGCUAUAGAGAAAUUGAAGACCUAUCAACAGAUUCAUGGUUCUGAUGAUAAAGGCAAUAAUAAAUCAAAUACCAUCGUCGCUUCAGGUGUUUCUCAAACCAAACUAGAAGAUUUACAAAGGGAGCUUGAAGAAACUCGUGAAUUAGCUAACAAUAGACUGCAAGAAUUAGAUAAGCUACAUCAACAACAUAGAGAUGCACUAAAAGAAGUUGAAAAAUUGAAAAUGGAUAUUCGUCAACUGCCAGAAUCAGUUAUAGUAGAGACUACAGAGUAUAAAUGUUUGCAAUCUCAAUUUUCGGUAUUAUAUAAUGAAUCAAUGCAACUGAAAACGCAAUUGGACGAAGCUAGGCAACAACUUCAAACUAGCAAAAAUGCGCAUUUAAGACAUAUCGAAAUGAUGGAGAGUGAGGAGCUGAUGGCUCAGAAAAAAUUGAGAGGAGAAUGUAUUCAACUCGAAGAUAUUUUAGCACAAUUAAGGAAAGAAUAUGAAAUGUUACGAAUUGAAUUUGAACAAAACUUAGCAGCUAAUGAGCAAACUGGCCCUAUAAAUAGAGAAAUGAGACAUCUUAUUACAUCAUUACAAAACCACAAUCAGCAACUAAAAGGAGAAGUUCACAGAUAUAAACGGAAAUACAAAGAAGUUGCCACAGAUCUUCCUAAGUUAAAAAGAGAAGUUGAAGAGCUAACGUCAAAAUUGGGUCAACAAAAUUCUCAAGAAAGCAAAGAAGGUAACAAUUCCGACGGUAGUGGUAAAGAGGAAGAUGCACCAAAUUCACUGCCGGUUGCAGGACAGAUAAAAGAUGAAACUGGCAUGCCAAUUAAAAGAGAAGGUGCGGAUGAAGAUAUAGAAAAUGAAUUAGGAGAUGGAGAUAAGGGAACAUCUGAUUCACUUGCAUCUCCUACUCUGAAAAAAGAAAAGGAUCUUAAAAGAGAAAAAGAUGUUAAAAAAGAAUCUAUCAAAACAGAACACCGAGAUCCAACGCACAAAUCUAAAGAUGCAAAAGGCGCAGAAUCUGAACUUGUCAGAGAUUUAAGAGCACAGAUGAAAAAAGCUGUCAAUGAGAUGAAAGAAAUGAAAUUACUGCUAGAUAUGUAUAAAGGGCUUGGUAAAGAACAACGAGAUAAAGCCCAGUUAAUGGCUGCGGAACGGAAGACGAGAGCUGAACUAGAAGAAUUAAGGCAACAAAUUAAAAAAAUUCAAGAAAAUAAACGCGAGGAGCGGAAAAAAUUAGCAGAUGAAGAUGCUCAAUUAAAAAUAAAAAAAUUAGAAGAGCAAACCUUUUCAUUACAAAGACAAGUUGCUACUCAAAAGCAGAAAUCAAAUGUUGAAUGCAGUACAUUGUUAAUGGGUGAAGAAGAAGCUCUUCUAAAUGAAAUGGAAGUAACAGGCCAAGCUUUUGAAGAUAUGCAAGAACAAAAUUCUAGAUUAAUUCAGCAGCUACGAGAAAAAGAUGACGCUAACUUUAAAUUAAUGACUGAGAGAAUAAAAAGUAAUCAACUACACAAAUUGGCCAGGGAAGAAAAAGAUGUUCUUAAAGAGCACGUGUCAACUCUUACAACUCAAGUAGAAGCGGCGAAUGUAGUAGUUAGAAAACUCGAAGAUAAAGAACGUCUUCUGCAAAACUCAUUGGCUACAGUUGAAAAAGAGCUUGCUCUAAGACAACAAGCAAUGGAAAUGCAUAAAAGAAAAGCAAUUGAAAGUGCUCAAUCUGCAGCUGAUCUCAAACUUCAUCUUGAAAAAUAUCACUCUCAAAUGAAAGAAGCACAGCAAGUUGUUGCUGAAAAGACGAGUUCACUCGAAGCUGAAGCAUACAAAACAAAAAGGCUACAGGAAGAAAUAGCGCAAUUAAGACGGAAAGUUGAAAGAAUGAAGAAAAUCGAAUUGGCAGAAACUGUUGAUGAAGUCAUGGCAGAGGAACUUCGAGAAUAUAAAGAAACUCUUACUUGCCCAUCUUGUAAAGUUAAAAGAAAAGAUGCCGUGCUUACGAAAUGUUUCCACGUAUUCUGUUGGGACUGUUUACGCACUCGUUAUGAGACUAGGCAAAGAAAGUGUCCAAAGUGCAAUUGCGCUUUUGGUGCUAAUGACUAUCAUCGACUUUAUUUAUCAACUUGAAGGAAACAAGUAUGAUAAAUAUUUGGCAGAUACGUUAUGUAUUAACAGAGUUAUAAUCUGUUACUGACUGCAGCAUCAUUAUUUAAAGAUGCAUCAAGCGCAUUUCUGUUUUAUAUUUUUGUUACAAAUAUGCUCACAGAUGCAAGUUUCUAAUUUGAAUGCGAGACAUCAACAUUAGUUAUUAAUAUAUAAUUAUAUAUAAAUAGGGCUAAAUGGUAAUAUUACUAAUAUUUAGUUUAACCAAUGUUCCUUUUUUGUUUCAAUACUAUUUGAAAAAAAGUAAUCAAGCAUGGAAGUUUAGUUCUUUUAUCUGUAAAAAUUGUGUAGGUAGUUUUUUCAAUACUUUUUAAAUUAUUCUUUCAGCAUGAACUUACAUGCUUUGCUACCAUUUGUGAACAUAUUUUAUUUUUAUUGGUAGAAUGCUUUUUUAAUGUUUUUAAUUAAGAAAUUAUAUAAAUUUUGCUA